AUGAUCCUCAUUAGCCUAGCUCUGCAUCUUUACUCCAAUUCCCAUCCUACGUAUCGUUUUGGAUAUGGACCCUCCCCCGAAGGCGAUACCUAUUACUUUUACCAGGAUACUCCGAACUAUUGGACUACCAUCUAUCGCCGUCUUUGCGUUGUGGACAGGAAGUACUCCGCAAGUCUGCGUCACGUUAUUCUGGCGAUAUUU